UGUGGGCAAGGGGACGCUUUUCCCCAGACUCCUACCCUGUCCGCCCCCCUGUCACCUUACCUGAGGUUCUGGCACUGGGGCAGUCAUGUGGUCUCCUGGGUCCUACUGUGCCUGGUCCCUGUCAUUUUUGACAGGAACCAAAGACAGAGAAAUAUUAAUUUUCUAAAUGUUUCAGGGGCCCAGUGGGCCGGGUAGAAUGGCCUCACAGGCCAGAUCUGGCCCAUGGGCCAUAUUUUGCCCACCCCUGUACUACAUCCAUUCAGGUCUAGCUUAGACCAGGUUCUACCAUUUGAAACUGGUCUAUGGGCUCAUCUAUACAUUGCUCUAUAGUGACAUUGUUACUGCACCAUGCUUUAGUGCUUCUGGAAGCACGGUGCAGUAACUGCCCACACUGCACCACGUGCACAGCACAUGGUUAGUUUUCGCUGCCACUUCACUGUAGCGGCAUGCUAAAAUGGGGGAUCAAGCCACUACAGCGAAGUAACUGCCAAUCAUAUGUAGACUCACAUGAUCGCUACGCUGACACAGUGUGUUGUACAGUGACAUAGCACAUUGCUAUGUUGAUACAGGGUGACAUGUAGAUACGCCCUAUGUGCACUAAACUUCUGUUACAGGUUUCAGAACAGCUUCCAAUCACUUAUACACUAAAUACAGAAAUUACACAUUAGUCCAGGCCCUUUCCAAAUUACACAUACGUGUAAUUUCUGUACCUAUCCACUGAGUUCCAGGCUAUAGUUCCUCUCAUGGACAUGGCUGCUUCUCAUGCCAUUUUAUCACUAAGUCCCUUCUCUUGGUGCCAUGGACUAAUCUCUCUAUUGGUAGGUUUCAGUAAUCUAAACACAAUCAACAUCUGUGGUGUUUAGUUCGGGGACAAAUGUUGCUUGUUAGGUAAGUUUCUCAUAGAAGGCAUUAAAAAAGAUUAGCAAUGUUAUAUGGUAUAAGGCAGUAGUUUCUAAAGUUUUUAGACUCAAGGCCUCCCUCACAAAAUGCCAGCUCUUAGCUUUCACUUGUUUUUUGAGUACAAAAAUCUACUGGAGCAAUUCUUUUAUUGCAAAGAACUCAGACAGCACACCACAGAGCAGAAUAGUUUUGCUAUUUGAAAUCUCUGGGUUUAUCUUACAAAUCAUGUGUAGGUACUUGCACACCUAACAGUGCUAAUAUUAUGCAACACCCUGUGGCACCCUUAACAGGACUGCAUGGCACCUAAGGAUGCCACAGCACCCUGGUUGAGAAUCACUGAUUGAGACCAUGUACCAUGAAUCCCCCGUUAUGAAGAAUAGCCCCUCUUGGGCACAAACUUUUCCAGAAGGGUUUCAAUCACUUCCUGUUUGCACAGCUAGGGUUCUGCACCCAUGGAGGCAACAGGAAAGUUGGUCACUCCUCUCCAUAUGGUUCUGAGCUGCAACAUCCUGGGCAUGUCUACACAUUUAUUAGACAUGUCAAAACUUUGACAAUGUGACAAAAUUAUGGUGCUUUAUGUUUAGUACCUGUAAUGACAGGUACUAACUUGAAGUGCUGUAAUUGUUGCUACUUUGCAUUGGUGCAAAUGAAUGACCUUUUUGUAAUGCUAAUGCACAGUAGACUAAAUCUACUGUGCAUUAGCGCGGGUUUUGCCUGCCAUACUAAUGCUCAGUAGAAUUAGUCUAAUGCACUCAAAGCUUCUGGUGUAGACGUACCCCCUGAGUAUUAGCUUCAGUCUGCACUGCAUAGGUCUUGAAAAAAGUAGCCCCAUCAUUGUUUGGUUUCUGAUAAUUUUUAUUUGCUCUAAUUAAUGAUUAAUAGAGGACAUUCAUCUUAAUACUGUUUGGUAGUAAUUAGUAGAGCAAGGAGCAGGCCUGUUCGAAUGGACACUGCAGGAUAUUUUUCAAUGCACUGUAAGUACUAUCUUCAUUUUAACAAGGGCACAUUUUUUUCUGAUUCUUUGUUAUAUCUCAGUUUAUGGUAUUAUACUAUUUUUGUGUGCAUGUGUGAAUUUGUCAGAGGGAUAGAAAACAGAGCUAAGGGGCCAGCAAAAAUUGCCAUUCUAGUGGGAGAGCUAUUUGAAUAAUAUGACAAUAAAAUACACUUGAAAGCCAUAGAGAUCCUUCAAAUUCAUGUCUGAAGAGAGGCUGUUACCAAGGUAACCCACUAGGGUCUAUUCCAUUUCUAGUUACCUUUCAAACAAUUGUACAAAAAAGUCCUACACACAAAUUAUGAAUUGCAUGCAACACUGUACUCUAUAUUUAUAAUAUUUUUAAAACAUUGUUUGGUAAACCAUAAGAGGUGAAAAGGGCCACAAAAGCAAUCUUGAAAUGUGGAUUAUAAAAGCAAGCAUUGUCUGUCAUCCAAUUUUUGCCUGGCAAAAGAUAUGCUGAAAGUUUUCAGUCUGCUGCAGACAUAAAACAAUCUAUUUCUUAAAUCCAUUUAAGCACUAUAAUAUAACCUAAGCUAUCACUUUUGAAUGAAUGUGAUCACAUAAAGAAUUUAUUAUGAAGCAUAUAUUCCUUCUGAGAGUUACUAGGAUCACAAAGAUGAAUCUCAGCAAUGAGAUUUUAGAAAAGUAUACACAUUUUAAUAAGAGAAUUAAAUUUUGUUUCAAAUUCUCUGCUUUGCCAUGUUUAGUUGGGAAUCACAUUCAGGUUCUCUGUGCCAAAAUAAUGGGGUGUAGGUGGACAGAUGUGUCUUCAUGUGUUCUGGGCCUUUUGUCUGAAAUGUGAUAUUGAUGGGAUAAAUUCACCCAGUGUAGGUUCAGUGUAUUCCAUCAUAUGCAUUAAUCACUGAAAAAUAAGCAACAGAACUCAUGGUACAAAGGGAAAAAAGAGAAAUAAUUUAGAUUGACUAAUUUCUCUAUAUCUAAAUCUUUUGCAGAAUAAAUCCAAAGGGAGAUGAAGUCCACCCUCUCUGUGUGUUUUUUACUGGCUGGGGUUCAAACUUUGGUCCAUGGCCAUCGUCCUCACUGUCACAGUAAUGAGUAUGAUCAUAUAUAUCCCACAGAACCUGAUUCCCAGGUUGAAGAAGCUUAUCCAUGUAAAAGCAAAGCCUAUUUCAAACUAGCCCCAAGUAAUGCUGACUUUGCUUUCAGAUUUUACCAGUUGGUUGUAUCAGAGGAAUCUGACAAAAAUGUUUUUUUCUCACCCAUAAGUAUUUCCAUUUCCUUUGCAAUGCUGGCACUCGGUGCUAAAUCAGCCACUCUGAAUCAGAUUCUGGAAGGGCUGGCCUUUAACAUGGAAAAGACUCAGGAGAAGGAAGUACAUGAAGGUUUUUGCCAUCUCAUCUGUGUACUGAACCACACAGACUGCGAGAACCAAUUGAAUAUGGGCAAUGCCCUUUUCAUAGAAGAAACCCUGAGACCACUACAGACCUUUCUGGAGGAUGUCAAAAACUUUUAUGACUCUGAAGUUUUAUACACUGACUUCCAAAAUUCUACUGCUGCGGAAAAGCUGAUCAAUGAUUACAUUGGGACGAAAACCUAUGGCAAAAUUACUGAUUUAGUCCAGGACCUUGAUCCACAAACUGUGAUGGUUCUUGUUAACUAUGUUUUCUUUAAAGCCCAUUGGGAAAAACCCUUCGAUACUUUUAAUACUGGAGAAGAGGAUUUUUUUGUGGAUGAGAAAACAACUGUAAGAGUCAACAUGAUGUACCGGCAGGGCAUUUAUAAAAAUCACUAUGAUAAAGAGCUUUCUUGCUGGUUGGUGCAAGUACCUUGCAGUGGAAAUACUGCAGCCUUGUUUGUUCUGCCUGAUGAAGGAAAAAUGAAGGAAGUAGAAGAUGCUCUGUUGCAAAAAGCUGCCUCUAAAUGGGAAAAUUCCCUCAGAAACAGGAAAAUACAUCUGUACAUUCCAAAAUUUUCUAUUUCUGGGACCUAUGAUGUAAAAGAGAUAUUCAGGCAAAUGGGUGUGAUUGAUGUAUUCACUGACCAAGCUGACCUGUCAGGAAUUACAGAGGAAAGUGGACUGAAGGUUUCCAAAGUGGUUCACAAGGCCCUGUUGAAUGUUCAUGAGAAUGGCACUGAGGCUGCAGGCGUCACUGUCACAGAAUUUACAUGGAGAUCUGGUUCUGUUUUUACUCCCAGAAUUAAAUUCAACAGGCCCUUCCUGAUAAUGAUUGUUGAAAAGCAUACCCUUAGCAUCCUCUUCAUGGGGAAGAUACUAAAUCCUUGUGGAAAAUAAGUGACCAGCUGUUGGAUGUGUUGUAGCACUUUGGGCGUAGUGCUGGCUAAAUUUCCAUGAUUCAGCAAAGUACAUGCUGCACAUAUGCAUCACUAGAUUAUAGUGAUACUAUUUAAAGCAGUACUAAUAUGCAUUCCUAAAUCCAUAACACAGGAAUAUAAUAUGUCCUGUCUCAUAAGCACUUGUGCACAGUUUACAAACCACAAGUAAUUUAAAUAAACAAGUCUGAUUUCACCUUU